GUCAGUUGUGUUCGAUUGAAAAAACGAAGAAUUAUCCAGUGACUAAUAUCAUUUAAACUAACAUAUUUUUGAUACGAAAAAUCUUGGCUUCGACUGCUUGGUCAAGAGCACCCAAACAUAUUAAUGAAUUGUCCAUAAAAAAUAUUAUAUGCAACAACAUCGAUAUAUGUAUAUUAUAGAUAACAAUUGUUAAUCUAUACAAGUUUGCAUAAGUUGAUAACAGAACGAACAAAACUAAUGUCAAAUAAUCUUUAGUCAAACAUAUUGCAAUUUAGCGCAUUGUUUCUCAUUGUUUAUUUUAUAUUUAACUGCUUAUUCAUGGCAUCUGCAGGACACCAAGGCUUUAACUUAGUUGCUCAGUUGAAUAAUAUUCAUGUAGAAGAUUUGCAAUAUGUUGAGCAAGAUCUGUGUUUUUAUGAAUUGGUAUCUCUCGGUUUCCUACUCUUCGGCGAUGAUCGCACUAAUGCUGAAUUUGCACUGCAAAAGUUGCUAAUACUUUCCAACACGCACAAAACUGGCGGUUGUGGCGGCGCUGAUUUGCUCUCCAAAUAUAUCAGCGUUAAUCCACGUAAUUGGCGUGCUCAACUUGUGGAAGCGCUGGCAAUUAUUGGAGCACGCCGGGUUCUACGCAAGUUGGGCUUCGAUUGGAAUGAGUUGCAUCAACACUACCUCCCACACAUUGGAGAGCUGAGUCUGCAUAUACAUCCGCUGCUGAAAGCUUUAUAUCGCGUCUGUGAACGUCUCAAACCGGCACAAGCUGGCCAAUUAGUUUUACGCGUCAAUGAACAACGUAAAGGAUCCGACGAUCAUUUACGAUUUUAUGAUUUUGCGUAUUUAGAAAUAUUUUUAUUAGAUUGGAUCUCGAGGCGUAUUAUCAUUUUGGGGGAUCGCGUAGCAAAUGGUGCAGAUGUUGAUGUACUGCUGGAAUUUUUCAAAUUUAAUGAUAUGGAUGCGUUAAAAACACUACUCAUUGAAACUAUUGUUAACAAUGCGGAAAAGGGUGGCAUGCGAAAUACGACAGCUGACCAAAUCAGUACGGAUAAUAAAGCUGCGGCGUCGGGCAGUCAACAAAUAUACAAGCCUGUAAAAGAGAGCGCAACUUCUACCUCCAUACGCAGUUGUGAUUUGACAAUUAGUGAUAGAUAUGAGGUGCGGCGCGAGAGAGCGGGUAUUCUGCUCAUUAUAAAUCAACUCGAAUUCUUUCGAGAGACCGAUCCCUCAUUAAAGCAAUAUUUGCCAAAUAAGCCGCUUUCACCACGCGAUGGCUCCAAUAUGGACAAAGAACGCUUGAAAGAAGUUUUCACACAGUUUGGUUAUCGGCCACAAGUCUUCGAGAAUCUUACACAUAUCGAAAUGAUGCAUCGCAUACGGGAAACCGUGAAGCUUUCUUUCCAAUUCGAUUCGUUAAUUGUGUGCAUACUUUCGCAUGGAAUUGAUGGCUCGGUAUACGGCAGUAAUAGUAUACCCGUGGAAAUCGUUGAAAUUGAACAUAUAAUUACCGGUGAUAUGCUUCUGGGCAAGCCGAAAUUGCUCAUCAUACAAGCAUGCCAAAAGGACGAAUCACCAAUAAAUGAACGACGGAAACUGUACAUGGAUCCGCAUCGCUUCGGUGACUUGGUAAAGGCCAUGUCCACCGUGCCCGGCUACUCGGCAAUGCGUCAUACGAUUGAAGGCACUUGGUUCAUACAAGAAUUGUGCGACGCUGUGCAUCGUUUCGGCGAUAAGCGUCAUAUUGGCGACAUAUUGAUCGCUGUGAAUCGUAAGGUUAGCGAGCGUCGUGGCAAUAAAAAUGAGGUAAUGAUGCCCAUUUCGAGUUAUACACUACGUAAAUUUUUCUAUUUGCCAUCGCGUAGCAACUAAUCGUAAUUGGGAGCCAAAGUGUAGUAGCAAAAUGUGUGACAAUUUAGUUUAUAUUUGCAUUUAAUUAUAAAUAAUUGUAAUACCGUUAAAUGUAAUAGGAAAUAUAGACUUUUGUAUAUGUAUAUUUAUUUAAUAAAUACUUCAUAAAGUAUGUUAAAGUAACAUACACAUGUCGAUAUAUAGCGUAAUCAAAACAGCUAAAAAUUUUAAAAUAAAUCAAUAACAACAAA